AUGCUUCGUGUUACGGUGACGGAAAAGAGCGCGUUUUCGGGUCGCCUGACCUAUCUGGACGGUAUUACCUACACCGCGAGACCAUUACGCUCGCCCCACGGUGAUGCCUCGGAUAACCUUCCCUCUAGCAUCCUCAUCCUCAUCCUCAUCCUCAUCCUCACCCUCAUCCUCAUCCUCAUCCUCACCCUCAUCCUCAUCCUCAUCCUCACCCUCAUCCUCACUAUCCCAAAAGAUCUCGUUUACGUGUCCUCACUGUGGGAAAACAUUGCCCGUGCACAACAAGACACGGCACCUCCGGUCUUGCGAGAACAGAUUACGCGUCGAGUCUCCAAAGAUCCCCUCUACGUGUCCUCACUGUGGGAAAACAUUGCCCGUGCACAACAAGACACGGCACCUCCGGUCUUGCGAGAACAGAUUACGCGUCGAGUCUCCAAAGAUCUCGUUUACGUGUCCUCACUGUGGGAAAACAUUACCCGUGCACAACAAGACACGGCACCUCCGAUCUUGUCAAGUUCAGCUUCAUACCCCAAUACUACGAAUACCUGA